UCCCUGCACGCGCGUUCUCGCCAGGCAGCAGCUCGCUCUUGUCCCGCAUUGGCUGAACGCAGCGCUCCGGCUGUGUGUGUGUGUGUGUGUGUGUGUGUGUGUGUGUGUGGGGCUUGUAUUUUUAGCGCCCCUCGGCUGCCAGUGCUGAGCUCGCGCGCUCGCGCCGCUCCUGUCCCGCAGCAGCAGCAGCAGCAGCAGCACUAGCCUCGAGCUGGAGGUGUGCAGCGCGAGAGCGGCUCUGGUGUCGAUCACGCCUGUGUGGAAAUGGCGAGUCCCAGCGAGGAGACGCGCUCAGACACACGCGCGGAGCAGCAGCACGAAACCGGAGAAACGAGCCAGGAGCCCGCAGUACAGGAGGCCCAGAAAUGGAUAGAGGCAGUGACGGGGAGAAGCUUUGGUGAGAAGGACUUCAGGAGCGGACUGGAGAAUGGCAUUCUUUUAUGCGAGUUGCUGAGUUCUAUCAAACCAGGACUUGUGAAAAAGAUCAACAGACUCCCAACCCCCAUCGCAGGACUAGAUAAUCUCACCAUGUUCCUGAGGGGAUGUGAGGAAUUAGGACUGAAAGGAACACAGCUGUUCGACCCAGGAGACCUGCAGGACACGUCAAUACGCGCUAACCUAACGGGUUCAGUUUGCAGUCGGAAGCUGAAGAACGUCCUGAUCACAAUUUACUGGCUGGGCAAAACUGCAAACAGUUGUGCAUCUUAUAAUGGUCCGACGCUUGACCUGAAAGAGUUUGAAGGCCUUCUAUCCAUGAUGAGGAAGGAGUGUGUGAGUGAGGAGUCAGACUCUCCUAAGCGGAAUAUACGGGACAGUGGUUAUAUAGAUAAUUGGGAAUCGGAGCGUUCUGAUUCGCUAUCGCCUCCAAGGCAUGGGCGAGACGACUCAUUCGACAGCCUGGACUCUUUCGGUUCACGAUCACAACAGACACCUUCCCCUGACACUGUUCUCCGUGGCAACAGCGACGACUCGGAGGGUGACGGUGGUCCCCGGAGGUUACCAGAUGUGCGCAAAGACGACAUGUCUGCCCGUCGGGUCUCCUAUAAAGAGCCUCGUGCCGCGUUGCCCUUUAACCAGUAUCUUCCCAACAAGAGCAACCAAACCAACUACAUCCCUGCUCCACUGAGGAAGAGGAGGAGUGAGCGACAGGAAGAGCGGAGGAGUGCCAGCAACGCUACUUCCCCUGUUGGAGGAGAAAGACCACUCAGAGAGGAGUGUGUUGGUGUAUUGAAAGAUGGGAGUAUCACUCCCAACUCCCAGAAAACUGUCACCUGGGCAGCUGCAAAAGGGGCAGAGCCUGAGCUUGGGGAGGAGGAGCUAAAGAAGAUGAGAAAGCUAGAGAAGGCGGGGAUUAAAGUAUUGCCUGCCACUGUGCGAUAUAACAGUCCUAAGGUGACUGGUGUCGAACCCGAUCAGGCCAAGUCCCCAUCACCUGACAUCAUCCUUCGUCGCGACAAUGACUUCCAGCGGGCAGACCACCCACACGACUGGGAGGACAACGAGGAUGAUGAGGAUGAAGAUGCAGAAAGAAGAAUCCCAGAUGUUCAGAAGGACGACCUGGCAUCCCGAAGAGCGCGUAUGAACCAAUCGAGACCCAAUGUGACUCAUCACUUCCUGCCAGUGGAGUGUAGCAUGAAGGACCGUGAGCGAUGGGAGGGGAUCCGGCUGGCAUCCCAGCAUGCAGUGCUGGAGAGGAUGGAGAAAAUGGAGCAGGAGAAGAGGAGCGAUGCUGACUCUGCCUCUACUGAAGUGUCAAUCAUUACCCGUAAGGACAACCCCUUUCUUACUCGUGGGAAAAAGAGGGGGGAGAAGAAGGAGAGUGAUGAGGAGGUAGAGGGGAGGGCAGUGAUGCCAAAUCUAUAUAAGGAUGACCUGGCCAGGAGGAGAGCUCAAAGUGGAACCACCCCGCAAAGAGACCCCCGUCAGUCACUGGUUCAGACGACCAUUACUCAGUCUGACCUUGAGAAGUGGCAGAGGCUUUCAAUGAACACUGAAAACAGUGAGGCCUCCCCUGCUGAGGAAUCAGUCAUAACUCAUAAGGACAAGCCCUUCCUGACCCCUGAGAAAGUGAGAGUGAGAGAGGAUGAGAAGGAGCAUGGUGAUGAGGGGGAGUCAGAGGGAGGAGGGUGGGCAGCGGUGCCUAACGUACAGAAAGAUGACCUGGCCAGGAGGCGUGGCCAAACUGGGGGCCUCCCACAGCGGGAUCCUCGGCAGGCCCUGGUUCAGACGCCCAUCACUCAGUCAGACUUGGAGAAAUGGCAGAGGCUGAAGAUGAGCACAGAGGACAGUGACUCGCCCCCCGCUCCUCUGUGUCAGGCCUGUCUUGAGAAAGGCUCCAUCCUUGCCGCCUCCUCGGCAAAGGUUGCCAAGGGUGACCUGGCUGCUGGCCGAGGGCGUUCCCACGGCGACCGGCGGCGAUUUGUGACGUUCGGGGGGGUGACUGAAGUGGAGAGUGUUUCCUGGAAAGAGGGAGAGGAGCAGGAGGAUGAGGAGGAGGAAGAGGAGAGGAGAAAAGAGAGCGAGAGGGAUGAGUCAGAGACACUUCGACGCCUCCUCUCCACAGCAACAGUUGCCAUGCCCACCAUUGCGGUGAGCUCAGGGCUCACAGCAGAGAGAGCGGUGGGCAGUGGAAGCACAAAUGCAGCCCCUGCCCCGACCUCAUCCUCCGAGUCUCCACAACCUUUGACCUCUGUCUCAAAAUGCUCCUCAGCCUUGGCUGAGCGGGAGGCUCUGGAGUUGAGGCUGGCUGAGAAAGCAAGGGAUGAGAAGGAAUAUGAGGAAAACGAAGAAGAGGAGGAGAAGGAGAGGCAGCCGGACAUACAGAAAGACGACAUGAUGGCGCGAAGGACGGGAGCAUUUCAGAAGGGAAUGAACUAUAAUCAUUUUCUGCCGCUGCCAGGCUCCAAGAAGGACACGGGUGGUUUUGGGCCAAAAGAAAGAAGUACAGGCAAAGAUCCUCUUAUGCUGGAGAAAAACAUAAAGACAAAGCGGUUCAGGUUUGGACAGAGAGUUGAACCGGUAAACCUGGAACCAAAGCUGUCAGCAUCUGCAGCGGUUGCUCAAAACGAACCAGCCAUUCUCAGUUCAACUUCAGCCCACAGUACAGUUCGCAGUGACUGUUCCGGUUUCCGUGAUGAUGAUGAGCAUGAUAUUGAAAGUCCCCUGCUUGAUCUGGAAAAGGAUGACAUGCUUGCGAGGAGAACAGGAGUACACCAAAAGCAGGGUGGGAGUCCAGUGCAGCCUUUUAACACAUUUCUGCCUAAACCCGGAGCUGUCAAAAACAAAGCCGUCACUGGUAGUGCGCAAUACCAAUCCAGGGAGAAAGAGAAAACAAACACCCAGGACAGUAACCAUGGACACCCUCUCAGCUGCACCCCUAGCGCUGUGACCCCACCCUCAGCAGACAUUGAGAACACGCCCGAGAUGCUGGACAGGCAGGAGGCGUGCACUGAGGGUGUGAUGGGUGGGAAAAGUCAUAUUUUAGGUGGGGCCACAGCCAAAAGUCCCUCCCCCAAACCUGACCCCAACCCACGGCGUCCGUUUUGGCUGGAAGACGAUGAUCUCCCCCCAACAUUCAGUCACAAGGCUGCUAGUGUUUCUGAUGAAACAGAGAGCGUCAGUUUGAUUGACAUGCGUGAUGAGGAGGAAGUGGACACCCUGUCACCACACAGCCAAUCACGGCACGAGAGGCUGCAUAACCAAUACAACAAGCUGAGAGAGGAGGAGGACCAGUGGCAGGACGACCUGGCUCGAUGGAAGAAUCGAAGGCGGAGUGCCUCUCAAGAUCUGAUCAAGAAGGAGGAGGAGAGGAAGAUGAUGGAAAAACUGAUGAUGUCAGAGGGAGAUUCCCAUCGCAGGAAGAGCAUCAAAACUUACAAAGAGAUUGUGGAGGAGAAGGAACGUCGAGAGCAGGAACUGCACGAGGUGUACUGUAAAGCCUCAACUCCAGAAGAGAAAGCAGCUGUGCUGCAACGCUAUGCGCUUCGAUUUACUAUCAGUGAUGCUAUACUAGAGAAACUACAACUCCCAAAACUCCCUUCUGCUACAACAGCAGCAGUCACGUCCUCUCCUGCCCACCCUGGGCAACAAUCCACAUAUGCAUUUAAUGAAGAAGCAGAAGUUUCAAUGGCUCUGCCGUCCACCCAAACACAGAUACUGCCCACCAUCCAGCCCCACCAGCACAAGCCUCAGAGUUCAUCCCACAGUCGUCCCAAAACCCCAGAGCUGUCACCCACUCGUGGCUCGAAAAAUCCAGAAGUCCCACUCUCGCCCAGCCGGGUACCCCCUCCACCCUCCAAACCUGUGCCACUAUUGACCCCAAAGCCUUACAGCCAGCCUAAACUCAAUCAAGCCUUUUACAAGCCCCUCAAAUCUGAUGGAUUGGUGCGUGUGAAUGGGAAAUGCAGUGUAGAGGAAACAAAAGAGACUCCAGCACCAGUACAACCGGUCUCCUUCUCCCCAUCGCCACCAAAACCAGCAGCCAAAAGUCCUCAAGAACCAGAAAUCUCACCAGCAAGUGAGACCACAGCACAAGAGCACUCUCAGACGUUAUCCAGUGUCUUCAGCCAGGAGACAGAAAAGGCAAAGGAUGAGAUAAAGAGCCCCAGUAGUCCUCAGGAAAAGAGGAGUGAAGAGGAGACCUCCACAACACUCACAAAUUCAGAACCUACAGAAGAGGAGCAAACUGUCUCAAAUUCAGCAGUGAAGCGAAACUGUAUCAUCAAGACAACAAUUGUGACUGAACUUACGCAGACACACUCACUAGCCACAACAGACGUGUCCAGUGCUGACCAGUUGAGCACCUCAGAUGGUUCAGCUCAGAAGUCUUGUGAUGAGGUUUCCUCUACAGACUCCGGAAAGACUGAUGUUGCGUCCUAUUCACUCUCCCUGACAGAACCCUCACACUCCUCCAGUAGCUCUAGGUUACGCUGGGAGUUCUUCGCUCCAACAGAGGGACUUGACUUUACCAGCGAAUGUAUCGAAACCCCGAUUUUAAACCUCGCAAAGCGGGUUGAUCACUGGACUUGGGAUCCUAAUGAAGAGCGUAAACGGCAGGAGAGGUGGCAGCAAGAGCAGGAGCGCCUGCUACAGGAGAAGUAUCAGCAGGAACAGGAGCGGCUGAAGAAGGAGUGGGAGAAAGCUCAGAAGGAAGUGGAAGAGGAGGAGAGGAAACACAAUGAGGAGGAACGACGUAUUCUGGAAGAGACCGUAGCACCGUUGACUCCACGCGCAUCAGGUCUGUCCUCUCCCAGUGUGACAGAAGACCCGCAGCUUUCCACACCUUCUCACGACAACAUUGUCCUCUCUUUGGCUGACUGGGAGAAAAAACAGGAAAAGCUGGAGAAACAGACAAAGAAAAAUGUGGUAGAACACAGCUCUGAUCACAAAGAAGCAACUGCACCUGCACAGCAGAAUGGCCAGAGAGCAGAACAUCAGGAGAGUCAAUCAGCUACACCACAACUACAGUUCAUACAGGAUGGGACUUGGAGCUCCAAAUCUGAGAGCAAACCAGAAUGGAAAAAAACAGCCUCACUGGACAGGAAUCUGAGCCCUUCACAGACACAGCCUCCCAGGAUGAGGAGGACUGGCUCGUAUGAAAACAUUUUAGGGACGCACCCAUCUCAAUCACUUCCAUCAUCACAAGACACACUGCCCCCAUCACCAAGCAGGUCAGUGAGUGGUAAGAAGCUUUGCUCCAGCUGUGCACAUCCACUGGGUAAAGGAGCUGCUAUGAUAAUUGAGACUUUGGGGCUCUACUUCCACAUCCAGUGCUUUAAGUGUGGUGUGUGUAAAGGGCUACUCGGUGACACAAGCGCAGGAACUGAUGUUCGGAUUCGAAACGGAGUUCUCAACUGUCAAGAUUGCUAUAUCAAAUCACGUGCUGCUGGCCAGCCAACCACCUUGUGACGCCUUUGCCAAGUAUACCGAAGCCUGGACCAUUCCAGCAGAGAAGACAUGAGUUGAUGUUUCACUUCUGGAGCGAUUUCCAUAAAGCACAACACACAAAUCGCCCUGUGACUCAAAAGGAUUAAACUGGAACUCUAUGGAGCGUUCGAUGAUUCUUCUGGGCUUUAAUAUUAAUCUGGAAAUAUGUCAUUCUGACCAUUAGGCGCAUGAGGGUACAUCGUGGUAACAAGUAUUAAACCUCACAUUAACUUGUUGUACAACGUGGAGCUUUCCAUUGGACAGCCUAGAUAAAUUAGCAAUAAUGAUACCGACCCGCGUUUUGAACGAGAAAGGUUCCCCUAAAAUAAUAACUAACCUCAAUAUUGAUCAAGUUGCACAAAAAGUAGAGGUAUCAUUUAGUUAUCUCAGCAGUUUUGCACUUUUGGAUCUUCUAUCCAUGAUAUUCAGCAGUUAUUGAAGGACAAUUUUAACAUUUUCUCCAAAAGAAUCCCACAUUUUCCAGUUUCACACAAUUUGUUUUUAGUUUUAAUUGUGUUUUUGGUGAAAUGUGUGCUUUUAAAGUAAUACGUAGCACAAAAAUGACCUCUUUUAGACUUCCAUAGGGCUGGGCAUAGAAGGGAAUCCAGUUAAGGGUUUAAAAUAAUCUUGUAUCGGGUUAUCUGUAUUUUUCAAGGAGCAAAGCUGUUCCUUAGCUGUUCUGAAACAGAAAUGUCUAUUUGAAUUCUGUCUUCAAAUGUAAUGAUGUAUGUGUACAAACAAAAAACACAGCUGUCCAGGCUGUGGUCGUUUCUGUGAUUCUUUAUGGAUGUGAAAAAUAGACAAUAAAAAAGCAGGCCAGGAAAAAUACUGAUGCCUUUGAACUUUGGUGUCAGCAAAUACCUUUGAGAGUACUUCUGACUCCAAACAAGAAAACCACAUGGAUCUUUGACCAAAUCAAGCUUUACUGCUCAAUCACCCAGAACGUAAAACAUAAAAUAACCAUUUUUCAUUUCAAGUUUGAGCCAUUGCUGGAAUGUACUUGGUAUUGUUUUUAUUGUUACCUAGUACCUAUUGAUAGCUAGCAUUCUGCCUGUGAGUUUCUGAGAGGGAGUGAUCUUGGGGUGCUAUCAAUGCUCUGUGGAAGCCUAUGGGAGGUCAGUUUAGGAACCACAUUUCACAAAAACGGCAUGCGUAAAACUGUAAACUGAAAAAAAUGUUUGCUACUUUGGGGGGAAACACCCUUGAUAUUCAAAUGACUGUAUAACAGAAAUGAAAGAUAAGCGUAAUAAGCAAUGGUUAUCCCUUCACCCGUUAGCUUUGAACCUUAGGAAGUCAUUGAGCCUGUUAUUAUUGUUAAUAUUCCCGGCCUGCCUACAGACAUCCUGCGACAUUUGGUUUGAUUUCUGCUGGAAGACGAGUGGGAUUAUAGCCUUCAGUGAGGCAAACUUUAUUUUAUCUUACAGCCUUAAUAGUAGGCGCUAUAUGCUGCAUGACUCUGCAAAGGGCCGGUUCUGAAGGGAGCGACUGGACAUCUUUCAUUAUGGUUUAAAAAAAAGAGAAAAAAAAAACUUGUGUGGUUUUAAGUUAAUUGCUGUGUUAACCCAUUUUGAGUAUUCUUCCUUCUCAUUUUGUGUUUUUUUGUUCUCAUUUGUGAUCACAUAUUAGCCUAGCUUGCGGUUUAAAAUGCAUGACGUUUUGAGGUCUCACUUAAGUAGUGGAUGACUACAUUUCCAUUUGGUCAUUCUUUACAUUGUAAUUUUUCAUUUUAGUGGCCAUUUGGGGAAGAAGAAAAAAAAUUUAGGCUGUUGUCUUAGUUUUGGAAAUGUUUUCCUUUACAGACGUUUUCCUGUUCUGUUGUUCCAAACAGCUGUCAAUCAUAUACAUUGCUAUGUUGUGCCUUAAGAAUGAUUGCACCUUUGGAGGAAAGGCUGUGUGGCUGUGUUCUGUAUGCAACGUCCAGAGCUAUUUCGUCUUGUUUUUAUUUUUUUUCCUUUGCAAAUGGUAAAAGAAAUAUGCACAAACUUCUCAAUUUCUACCAUUGUCUUUCUAUUCACGAACCUUUCAAGCUGCAUAACAAAACUCGUAAUCGUUUGAAUGAUGUUUUAUGCCACAGCAGGGCUCAGCAUGCUCUCGAAAAUGUUUUAAAAACCCAAAUCCGUUUUUAAAAAAAAAACCUGAAGGAAAUGGAUAGAUUGAGGUUUCCACAUGCAGCAGUCUGUGUUGUCCGUCUUAACUGCGUAGGCUAAUCUCUAAUUAAGAUGUAAGAAUAAUGAAGCGGAGCAGGAUAAUGUAGCCGAAAGUUUUGUUACUCAGAGGAAUAAUGGCCCAUGUGUUAAAGCUCUGUAUUUAUUUUAUCACCUUAAGGAUGAAUAGAAAAACCUGGCAACCCUUGUAAUGCAGUGGGUUUUAUAGCAAGUGUAUGUUUAUAAAUAAACUAUUUUAAAUGCG